UUGCUGGGAAAUACUGUUUUAGAUGUUUCCUUCAUCUCAUACUUGGUUACAGGCAUGCUUAUUAUUUGCUAACCUGCUUCUCAGUUCAGUUUUUUGGGGGCACUAAACUGUGCCUUAAAAACAAUUUGGGUUUGUGAACUAUUGUUUUACAUUCUUUUAAGUUGGCAGCUAUUGCAGCCUAAGCAUGUGAGAAAUUCUAGCAUUGCUUAUUUUCCUGCACGAUGUCAGACAUAUGCGGUAAUAAAGUGAUCCAAUUUUUAAAGAGAAUCAAGCUGCAAAGUGGCUUUCCUCUGAAUUAUCACAUUGAGCUUGUUUCUCCCGCAACAACUAAUGCUGACAUUUCAACUUUUGAUGUGGUGGGUCCUGUUUGUGAAUCUGCUGAUUUCUUAGGAAAGGAUAGAGAACUUCCAACUCCAUCUAAAGGAGCUGGUUUGGUUGUCCAUGAUGCUGGUGCUUAUUGCAUGAGUAUGGCAUCAACAUACAAUCUGAAGAUGCGCCCUCCUGAGUACUGGGUCGAAGAGGAUGGAUCAGUGGCCAAAAUACGGCACAGGGAGACAUUUGAGGACCAUAUCCGGUUCUUUGAGGGUCUUUGAUUGCAGACAUUAAACAUUUCUGCCAGUGCAACAGGCUUGAGAUGUGCUCUUAUUGUAUUGUUUACAUAGACUACCAUGCUGGUUAUCAUGUUGUAUUGAAAUGUUCUAUUAGGCUGGAUUUAUAUUUUGCAUCAUUUGAAGAGAUGAAGGAAAGAACGGAUGAGCAUUUGUGAGUUGACCACGUAAGUGUCCUAUUGUAUCACAAUUCUGUUAUUAGAAAUGUAGUUGCCAUGAUUAAUA